AUGGUGGAAGAAGAAGUCAAGUUGGAUGCGGCUACGGGUCAUGGCACCAAGAAAGGAAGUGGUGACCCAAGAAUAGCUCGAUUCACAGCCUCAGUGCUAUUGGUAGUAAGCAUGGGCUUAUUGCAGCUGAUUGGCCAGCGAAUGGCAAUUGGAGGGCCAGUACUGAUCGCUCAGUUGCUCUUCGUCCUCUUCUGCGCCUUUACUCAUGAGUGGCACCUUCUGCACGGCGAAGGACUGACAAGGCAUCGUCGAGCAUACUUUGACAUCGUCAACGUGCUUGAAACCUACCAGACUCGUGCACGAACACAUGGACAUCUUUUCCAGCCCGAUCCUCCAACGCCUUUGGUAACCUUUUUGCCAGAUGGAACGGCUGUUGGUGGUGUUCAUGAAGCGCCUGCUGAGAAGACGGAUUUAUGA